GAAGAAGCGAGGUUCUUCGUUUUCUUCAUCCUUAUCCGAGUAAAAACGCAGCGUUUUGUCUUUCCUGCCUCAGAACGGAGAACUGGGUUUCGCCGUUUCAACCUCUCGUGCAAACCGAUAAAAAGCCCCUGAACUCAAUUCACAGCUUCUCCUCCACUUGUGCUGGGAAAUGGAGUGCAGUUUUAGAAGCUCGUAUCUUCUCCCUCGGAGGCCUUCUCUUUUGCUUGGAGAUUCACAGUUCCCAGCAAAGCUCAGAUCAUCGAAAUUGAAGGGUUCGAACCUGGUGAAUCGUCCGGUGAUCAAGAACGCAUGUGGGUUCGGGGAAAAUGGGUCGGUUAAUGGGUCUCCCAUCACACCAAACAAGGUUUUCAUGGAAGAGGCAAUUGGAGCUGAAUAUGGAGAGGGUUUUGAGAGUUUCAGGCCAAAUGGGCUACUAAAGGUUGAUGUGGAUUUUCUGAACAACAGAUUGCAAGAAGGUUUCCUUAAAAGAAUUCGUUAUGCCAUGAAACCCGAUGAAGCAUAUGGCCUUAUUUUCUCCUGGGACAAUGUGGUGGCAGAUACUCGGUCUCUAAAGUUGAAUGCUUGGAAACAGCUUGCGUCUGAAGAAGGAAAGGAAAUUCCAGAAGAUAGUGAUGUGCAGAGAUUGAUGCUUUGUGCAGGUGCUGAUCAUGUACUGCGUAAGCUUUUGCUCUGGGAGACAUCAGAAAGUGAAUUAGAUAGAUUGAAGUCAAGGCUUUCACAAUUAUAUUAUGAUAAUCUUCUCGAACUUAGAAAACCUGUUGAGGGGUUAGAAGAAUGGCUGGAUGCAGUAUCUACAUCUCGCAUCCCUUGUGCGGUUGUUUCAAGUCUUGAUCGGAAAAACAUGGUUGAAGCUCUAGAAGGGAUGGGAAUCAAAAAAUAUUUCCAGGCAAUUGUGACAGAGGAAGAUGGCAUGGAAUCGAUGGCUCAUCGAUUGCUUUCUGCAGCUAUGAAGCUGGAUCGGAAGCCAUCCAAGUGUGUAGUGUUUGAGGAUGAUCCUAGAGGAGUAACUGCUGCUCACAACUGUACAAUGAUGGCUGUGGCAUUAAUCGGGGCUUACCCUGCGUAUGAUCUGGAGCAGGCUGAUCUUGCAGUAGGUAGCUUUAACGAGCUUUCUGUGAUCAAUCUUCGAAGAUUAUUCGCCCACAGGGGAUCCGAUUUCAUGGACUUGCAAAAGCAGAUUGUAGGGAAAGCCCCUCCCAGAAGAAGGAUUACUACUGACACCAUUUUCUGAUUCAUUUCCAACAACACAAACACAACCCCCACAGCACAUACACAAGUCUCUGCUUGUAAUUAACCUGCACAUGAUCUUCCCUUUUUGGUUCAUUUCUUUUUUGUUUUUUUGGUUUCGUGUUACUGACAUCAUCUUUUUUGGUAGAAUGAGUUGAAUUCAAUUGUUAGUUAUUUGACCAAA